AUGUAUAUUUCUUCCCUUGUGGGUUUCGGCCUCCUUUCGUUGGCCUCUGCCCACUGCUUGAUCAGUACCGCAACUGGUGAUCUAGGAGGAAACGGCACUGGACUUGGCGUCGCUGCAAAUGGUAUCAACAACCAAGGAGACGUAACCGUCUUCAAGGCAGCCACUGGAUUUGGAGCUACUGGUGCUGCAGGAGCAGUCAAUCCUGCAACCGACCUCGCCGCUCAACUCAAGAUCACUGGCUCUACCAUUCCCCAGGUCUCUGCCAACGCAGGCGUCGUAACAAUGACCCUCCACCAAAUCAACGCUGAUGGUGCUGGUCCAAUGACUUGUUCAGUCUCCACCGAUGCCUCAGGAAAAGCUUUUACAGCAAUGACAAUCACGACCAAUGUCCCUGGUACAAAUGGAAAGAGUACAGCAGCAAAUCAGGACUUCCCUCUUGUUGCGAGUCUCCCAGCUGGAACGAAAUGUACUGGUACAGUUGGGGCUCUAAGUGCCGUGUGUGCGGUCAAGUGUGCGAAUCCGGCGGGACCAUUUGGCAGUGUAGUUUUGGUGCAGCAAGCCGCUGGGAAGAAGGUUAGAGAGGUUGGUGGGACGCUGGCUGCCAGAGCCAAGAAGGGGGCUGUUAAGUGUGCCUGA